GAGCCACCUUCCAGUCUGCAUCCAGAGGUAGUUACACAGUAUAAAUACAUUUAAUAACCAGCUGAAAAUCAAACACACAAGACACGUAAAAAGCAGACUGUUGACUUCUCUGUUAACUUCAACGGACCUUGUGACAAUGGCAACCAAACUUCCUAAAGCGCCUGAACGCCCAGAGUUUAGCAUGCCUGGAGGACAGAGUAAGGUAAUGGCUGCCACUAAGGAAAUUCAGAAGAUUUGUGAUCAGGUGAAGGGCCAAGUGGAAGUAAAGACGAAGAAGAAAUAUGUGAAAUUCACAGCAGUUAAUUACACAUCUCAGUCUACGAAUCCACCUAAACUCCGUAUCAAGGUACACACUGGAGGAGAACACUACAUCCAUCUGAUGGUCUCACAGACACUUCGCAAUGGCAAAGAAGAGAUUGAGCUGCUCGGUCAACAGGAGAACAGAACCAAAGACGACAUCCUAGUCUGAUCACACAAUCAGUUUCAACAGUGAAAUACUUACAGGCUGCAGUCUCAUUAUAAAAUGCUCUGCUUCUUCAUUCUGUAUGGACAAAUAAAGAUAAAGAUAUUUGGUGUUUUAGAAGCAGCAAGUUGAAAGCACUACCUCUUAAAGAAAUAAAAGUCUUUCAAAAAUCUA